AUGGCCGCUGCCUGAGGAGACCCGGGCCGCCGCCGCCUCUGCAGCCCGCGGGUACCUGGGCCGUGGCCGCCGCCCGCGCACGGCCCCCGCGGAGAGAUUGAGUCUGAGGAUCGUGCGGCUGGCUCCCCCUAGUAUGGCCAAUGAAGAGGAUGACCCAGUCGUACAGGAGGAGCCACGACCCCUGACUGACAUCCAAGGAGCAGGGACAUGCCGGGGCAGGCACCGGGUUCUGUCUCCUGUUUAAGUCUUCUUCCCUUUUUCCCAGAUCGACGUGUACUUGGCCAAAAGUCUGGCAGAGAAGCUCUAUCUGUUUCAGUACCCUGUGCGUCCAGCCUCGAUGACCUACGAUGACAUUCCACACCUCUCCGCCAAGAUUAAGCCCAAGCAGCAGAAGGUAGAACUCGAGAUGGCCAUUGAUACCCUAAACCCCAACUACUGCCGCAGCAAAGGGGAGCAGAUUGCACUCAAUGUGGACGGCGCCUGCGCGGACGACAGCAGCACUUACUCCUCGAAGCUGAUGGACAAGCAGACGUUCUGUUCCUCCCAGAGCACUAGUAACACAGCCCGUUACGCUGCUGCGCUCUACCGGCAAGGUGAGCUUCACCUGACGCCUUUACAUGGCAUCCUGCAGCUUCGGCCGAGCUUCUCCUACCUGGAUAAGGCAGACGCCAAGCACCGAGAGAGGGAGGCUGCCAAUGAGGCAGGAGACUCUUCACAGGAUGAGGCAGAAGAAGAUGUGAAGCAGAUCACGGUGCGGUUCUCGCGUCCAGAGUCCGAGCAGGCCCGCCAGCGCCGUGUGCAGUCCUACGAGUUCCUGCAGAAGAAGCAUGCUGAAGAGCCCUGGGUGCACCUGCACUACUAUGGCCUGAGGGACAGCCGCUCUGAGCAUGAGCGCCAGUACCUGCUGUGCCAGGGUUCCAGUGGGGUUGAGAACACAGAGCUCGUCAAGUCACCCAGUGAGUACCUCAUGAUGCUGAUGCCACCCAGCCCAGAAGAGGAGAAAGACAAACCCGUGGCCCCCAGCAACGUCCUGUCCAUGGCCCAGCUGCGCACCUUGCCCCUGGCUGAUCAGAUCAAGAUCUUGAUGAAGAAUGUGAAGGUCAUGCCUUUUGCCAACUUGAUGAGCCUCCUAGGCCCCUCCAUCGACUCUGUGGCUGUUCUGCGUGGCAUCCAGAAGGUGGCGAUGCUGGUCCAGGGAAACUGGGUGGUGAAGAGUGACAUCCUGUAUCCCAAGGACUCCUCCAGCCCUCACAGCGGCGUGCCUGCCGAGGUGCUCUGCCGGGGUCGAGACUUUGUUAUGUGGAAGUUCACGCAGAGCCGGUGGGUGGUAAGGAAAGAGGUGGCAGCAGUGACCAAACUCUGCACAGAGGAUGUGAAGGACUUUCUGGAGCACAUGGCCGUAGUGAGGAUCAACAAAGGCUGGGAGUUCAUACUGCCUUACGAUGGGGAGUUCAUCAAGAAACAUCCAGAUGUGGUCCAGCGGCAGCAUAUGCUGUGGACGGGCAUCCAGGCCAAAUUAGAAAAAGUCUAUAAUCUUGUGAAGGAAACCUUGCCAAAGAAGCCAGAUGGACAAUCAGGGCCUGCUGGGCUGCUCUCUGGGGACCAGCGGGUCCAAGUGGCCAAAAGUAAGGCCCAGCAGAACCACGCGCUGCUGGAACGGGAGCUACAGCGGAGGAAGGAGCAGAUGCGGGUGUCCGAGGUCCUGCCUGGUGUGCGGAUCAAGGAGGAGCCCAUGAGUGAGGAGGGAGAGGAAGAGGAAGAACGAGACGCAGAGGAAGACGAGGAGCCCAUGGACACCUCUCUCGGUGGCGGCCUCCACAGCAGGCUGGCCAAUGGGCUGCCUAGUGGGCGGGCGGCAGGCGGGGACAGCUUCAAUGGGCACCCGCCCCCUGGCUGUGCCAGCACCCCCGUGGCCCGGGAACUGAGGGCCUUCGUGGAGGCCACCUUUCAGAGACAGUUUGUGCUCACACUGAGUGAACUCAAGCGCCUCUUCAACCUGCAUUUGGCCAGCCUGCCACCUGGUCACACACUGUUCAGUGGCAUCUCAGACCGCAUGCUGCAGGACACGGUGCUGGCCGCCGGGUGCAAGCAAAUACUGGUGCCUUUUCCCCCCCAGACUGCUGCAUCCCCAGAUGAGCAGAAGGUGUUCGCCCUCUGGGAGUCUGGAGACAUGAGCGAUCAGCACCGACAGGUUUUGCUUGAAAUCUUUUCCAAAAAUUACCGGGUACGCCGGAACAUGAUCCAGUCGAGGUUGACUCAAGAGUGUGGAGAAGAUCUGAGUAAACAGGAGGUGGAUAAAGUGCUAAAGGACUGCUGUGUAAGCUAUGGGGGCAUGUGGUACCUUAAAGGGACAGUACAGUCUUGACAGGAGUCACAAACCACUGACCCAGUGAAUCCAAGCCCAAUGAAGGACGGCGGAGCCAGCAGAGGUGGAGGCAGUCUUACUGCUUCAGAAGACAUGGAGCAAGAGGAACUGACCGUGGCGCGGCUGGGGCAUUGUGCUGUCUGGUGGACAGUGGGGAUCAUCCUCAGCCAGUGGCAGGGUCAGCAUAAGUUAGAUCGCUCCCAGGAGAGAGGGCAGCCGGGACCUUCUUUACAGUAUAAUUUGAAAUUCCUGAUGUAUUUUGCUUAUUACUUGGUUUCAUUCUCAUAAUAAAGAGAGUGUAUACUGACCACAGGCAGGCUGAUGAAAAUCAUGGUUUAAUAUUUUACUUUUCAAACUUAAUGCCAACAAGGUCUAAGUUAUGUUUACAAGAUGAAGAAAACCUCAAGGUUUUAAAUAUUUAAAAUGCCUAGAAGCUAGUAAUUUAGUCUUUGAUUACCUAUGUGCUAAGACUUCUGCCAGUUUCAUUAAACAAACCAAAUCGAAUUCUUCUUUCACCAUUGGGUUUCUGUGGCCACCUUACCUUUUAAAACCACUUUAUGUAGCAGUCUCAGCUGUUUACAUGAACCCUAGCAAAAAAUCAGAAUCAAAUCCAUCUAUUAAUGUUUGCAUAAGGAUGCAAACAAAACCAGGUAAGUAUGGAACAAUGUAUAAGUGAGAUCAUUACACUUUGAUGUAAAAAUUUAUAUUUUGUGUAUUUUUAAAAUAAAUACUAACACUGACCUGGCA